UAGUCUAGUCUUGUGGAAAAUCAAAGAACCGUCAAGGAAGACCAGCACAAAGUCUCCUUAUCGCCUUCUCCACAGUUGAUCUUCCAUUUUUACUAACGAACAUUCUUUGCCUAUCCUUGUAAGGAAUCAUUCUCCAUAAAAGCUCAUAUUUUUUCCUAAGGUUGAGCCAGUCGCCUCGUUUCUUCUAUAAUCGGCGGUGGUGAAAGUGAUGUCUCCUAACGAUUCAAAAAACAGAGCCGGUUUUCUUAACUCUCUUGCUUCUUCCAUCACCAACUUCGGGUCGGUCAUGACGAAAUCAGUUAAUGGUUUGAUGGGAUAUGAAGGGAUAGAAGUCAUCAAUCCAGAUGGAAGUACAGAAGAUGCAGAGGAGGAAGCAGGAAGAGGAAGAUGGAAGCAAGAGGAGCGUGAUGGAUAUUGGAAGAUGAUGCAAAAGUAUAUAGGAUCUGAUAUUACAUCCAUGGUGACUCUUCCUGUGAUCAUUUUUGAACCCAUGACGACGCUACAGAAAAUGGCAGAGUUGAUGGAAUACUCGCAUCUGCUGGAUAUGGCUGACAAAACCCAAGACCCUUACAUGCGCAUGGUAUAUGCAUCAACAUGGGCUAUAUCUGUGUAUUAUGCCUACCAACGUACAUGGAAGCCGUUCAAUCCAAUCCUCGGUGAAACUUACGAGAUGACUAACCACAAUGGGAUUAAUUUUAUAGCUGAACAGGUCAGCCAUCACCCGCCAAUGAGUGCUGCUCACGCAGAGAACGAGCAUUUCUCUUACGACUGCACUUCAAAGCUGAAAUCGAAAUUACUAGGCAAUUCAAUCGACUUCUACCCCGUAGGAAGGACAAGAGUGACACUUAAAAGAGAUGGUGUGGUUCUUGAUCUUGUGCCUCCUCCGACAAAGGCUCAUAACCUUAUCUUCGGACGAACAUGGGUCGAUUCUUCAGGAGAGAUGAUCAUGACCAACCUCACCACUGGUGACAAAGCGGUGCUUUACUUUCAACCAUGUGGCUGGUUUGGAUCUGGCCGUUAUGAGGUGGAUGGAUACGUGUAUAAUUCAGCUGAAGAGCCCAAGAUACUAGUGACCGGUAAAUGGAACGAGUCCUUGAGUUAUCAGGCUUGUGACACUGAAGGCGAACCUCUUACAGGCACCGAACUAAAAGAGGUAUGGAAGGUCGCUGAAGCUCCAGAGAAGGAUAAAUACCAAUACACACAUUUUGCUCACAAGAUCAAUAGCUUUGACACUGCCCCUAGUAAGCUAUUGUCAUCUGAUUCACGUCUACGUCCUGAUAGAUACGCCCUCGACACUGGCGAUAUGACCAAAGCUGGUUAUGAAAAGAGCAGCCUAGAGGAGAGACAAAGAGCUGAGAAGAGAACCCGAGAAGAGAAAGGCCAACGAUUUGUUCCGAAAUGGUUUGAUGAAACCGAGGACGUUACUCCCACGCCAUGGGGGGACCUCGAAGUGUACCAAUUCAAUGGUAAGUACUUGGUCCACCGCGCUGCAGCGGAUAACUCCGAGAUUAACACCGAUAUGGAGUCGACCAAAUUCAACCCUUGGCAGUUCCAAGAUACCUCUCCUUAAAGCUUGUAACAACAACAACAACAAAAAAGACUACAAUCAUAUUCCAUAUCUCUUGUUACAGUAUUAGUUAGUCACCAUUCCCAAUGUAUAUAUAUUUCUAUAAAAUAUAUAUAUAUAUAUAUAUAUACUUAUCAUAUAA